GUCUCUCCUCGACUUCCUCUUGUCACCCUUUUUCCCUCCUGCUUCAUACCCGAAUUAUACCGUGGUACAUCCUGGAAGGGGAUUUUUUUCUGGUGGUUCACGGUUUCUAAAAAAACAUCCACUCUCCACCCCCCCCUUUUUAAACCUCUAUCAUCAUUCUAUCUCUUAAGUCACACUUAUUUUUUUACACUUUUAUUUUCAUUUUUAUUUUUUAGUGUUUAGUUCGGUCUUUUUCCUUUUCCUUUUCCUUUACUUUUCCAUUUUCCAUUUUCCAUUUUCCACUUUUUUGUUUUUUAUUUUACUUUAUUUUUAUUUUUUAUUUUUUUAUUUUUUUUUUUACCUUUCCCUAUUGCCCCUCUUUUUGCCUUUUGAGUUUUUGCUCCUUCUCUCUCUCUGGCUUCCCUCGUUCCCUACUCUCUGAUUGCGGACCUGUUUGUCCGAGAGAUGAGUGUCCCAUUUGGCUCCUGUGGAGUUGGAAUCGCCCAGGAGAAUUGAUUAUCUGACUGGCGGUGGACGGAGUCAAGGAUGGGGGAAGUUCACCACAGCAUGAGGACGCCUCCGCUUCCAUCAUCGGCUGAGGCUCCGUCGCCUGCUGCCGCCCCCCAUUCUCAUUAUCAUGUCUCUCAUUCGACCUCCGGCUCCGUUCCCGGCAACCCCGAUGCAUACACAGCCGAUACAAAUGCCGUGUUGGAAGAUAAUGGGUUCAAGGCUAACUCUCGUUCUUCUAUCGUGCAUGAACAGACCCCGAAUCCUUGCCACGUACCAUUACCUGCGAAGGAGAACCCCCAUCCGCCGAAGGACUAUCCCCAAGAGGAUCAAGGCCGAAGUCUACAGACGCUCAAGGAGCUUCGGAGGCAGAUGGAAGAGUUGCUGGUAUACCAACAGAUGCAGCAAUCCCAGAGCCAGAGCUCAUCAGCCCCGCGAGAAGCUGUUCCUCAGUCGGAUCCACUAUCGAACCCCUACGAGCUAGGCAGGAAACGACGUCUCUCCAAUGUAUCACCCCCGAAGGUCGCGUUGCCCGCAGCUGAAGGUUUAUCGUCGGCGCCAUAUUCCGACUCUACCGGCUCGGCCGGUACGAUCAAGGAUAGAGACCACCAUGGUUCGUCCGAGAACCAUCCCAACCAGGUCUCUUCUUACCCGUUCCCCACGAUGGACCAGCAGGCGCCACGGCGCUCGAUGCAAGUCCCAGCGACCAACAAUGGGGCCUUCAAAUUGACCCUUCCCGCCGAGAAGCUCAAGUUCCAUAUGGCGCCAUCGCCAACCACGGACGAGCGACCGCCCACCGCCGCGAAGUCCCUUACCCCUCACGGCAUCUUUCUCCCUUCGUACCCUAAAAAUCAGGCCGAGGAUCCAGUCUACCCUACGCCGAAUCUGUACGAUAUAACUUUGCGACUGAACGCGGACCCGGGCCUGGAUGCGUGGUGGACCAAUGUGGUUCAGGUCUUGCAAAGGCAUUACGGUGCGGAGCGGGCCUCACUUGCUGUUCCUGGGGAUGCGACAGACCUCGAGAAUGUCCCGUGGGGUCAGAAGGCGGUUUUCGACAACAACCUAGGGGUCGAGGUCGAGAGCCAGAAGAUGCCCACCGAGGCGGCGGGAGCGGGGAACGGUCCCCGGAGGGACUCAGGCGACGCAGAUAAGCAGAAGGGAGAGGUCAACGCUUACGACUCGACGAAAGGGCUGGCCGCCGCUGCCUCGCUCAAGCGACCCGCGCUCUUCUCGAGACAUUCGUUCGCUGGAUUUGGUAAAGACAAGAAACCUCCCACGUCGCACAAAUCGGACGCAUUGCAUCAUCUGUUGCAAGAGAAUCAGUCUUCGAGGGUGGAAAUCAAACGCGCCCUGAUUGCCAGCGACACCACUUCCCUUGUGCCAGUGAAUGAAUCGCGGGUCGAAGCAAGCUCAGGCCAGGAAAGCAUCCCUACCCAAGAUCAAUCACUUGACACGUUAAGUCCUGCUCGAUAUAAUAUUCGGCAAGCUGUUUUCCCGAUACCUAGGCCUUUGGAGGCCGAAACCGACCCGUUGAUCAAAAGAACAGGUGUCGCGAAGCUGUUUGGGCGGACGGGGCCUGUUGUGUUGACGCGCGAAUAUGCAGGCGAUGUUGCAAGUUCCCAGCCUUCGCAGAGCCAGGCGAUUGAAACCCCGGAAGAUCGGGUUCAGACGACACCGACUGCGGAGGACCAAAACGCCCAACCAGCACCUUACGACCCUCGAUCUAGGUCUAUGUCCAACCCCAUCAACCCCGACACCCCCGCGCGUCGGCACCCAUCGGUGGAAAUCUUCGACGAGUACGAGCAAGUGCCGCCGUCUCCUUGGUCCCAGUCGCCUGCUCCGUCCCCGGCACCACGCGCACAAGCCGACCAAAACCCGUUCUUCACCAGCCACACCGUCGAUGAAGGUGCCUUUGCAAAACAUCCCCCUCCUCACGACUAUGCCACCCUCAGGCCGCUAGAAGCGAUCGGGGUGGACACCGCAAAGUCGGUGGUCCAUAUUCCCCUUGUGCAUGCGGGGCGGUCCAAACAAACAUCGUCGAGCACGUUGAGGUUUCCGGUUGCGGUUAUAUCCAUACUUUCGCCCGCGAUACCUUACCCUUCGAACCUGAGGCAGUCGCUGUCCUAUCUCAUACCACACCUUACGACUUCGUUUUGCUUGGCUCAACAAUACAGUCAGCUUGAGAAACAGUUUGCCACGCGCCUGGAAGCUCCUCGCUACGGACAGCUUCUCGGUCUGGGUGGUACGUUCUCCGACGAGAGCAGUGAACUAGAACUCGUAGCUGGUCUCAGUGGGCAUGUCAACUAUACGAUUGGCGACGAUGGGUCUCUAUCAGCGCACGCCAGCCUCUGUAGUCCCGAUGAAAAACCUCAUUCUACGAAGCUCAGCCCUUCCAUCUCCGGGUUGGGUACACCCGGGUUUGAGUUGAGCAACAUCGGUACUGGAGUGACGAACAUCCCUGGAGAGUCAUCCGGUUUACCUGCCAAGGUCAGCAAUGACAACAUCGAUAGUUACUUCAAUGUCUAUCAGUCCAAGAACUUCCGUGAGGCCAUCAAUCAGCAUCGGAGCCGUCUGUGCAAGUUGAAGCAAAACGCUGCAUCGUCGACACCUACAUCCCCGGGAAAACCGUUAAAUAGGAACCCGGUCGAAGAAGAGGUCCCCGCGCAAGAUCCGAGUCCACCACUAGUCUCUCCGCCCCAAGAGUCGAAAGCACCCCCCGUUAUCUCUCCAACCCAAGCCGCAUCCCGCCAUCCCCCAACAAAUUCUUUCUACGCUCAGCUACAACGUGAAGUUCCACGCCCAUUUUCCGAAACAGUUUCCCAGUUAAUGCUGAACUCGGUCCCUCUCCAUCUUUUCCUUGCUAAGCCCCAGAGUGGGGAAGUGGUAUGGACCAAUUCCAAGUUUGACGCGUACAGAAGGGGCCAACACCAGGAUCAAAAGUUGAGAGAUCCUUGGCAGAAUAUUCACGAUAGUGAGCGUGAACAUGUCUCACGGGAAUGGGCCAAUGCCCUACGGACGGGUUCGCAAUUCACUGAACGCGUGCGCGUGCGGAGGUAUAAUGACGAGUCGGCGUAUCGUUGGUUUAUCUUCCGGGCAAACCCUCUUAUCUCUGGCACGGGAGAGGUGUUAUACUGGAUCGGCUCGUUCCUUGACAUACACGAGCAGCACAUAGCCGAGCUUAAAGCCACGCAAGAGAGAGAAAAAUUUGCAAUCGAUGCAAAGUACCGGGCGUUCUCCAACUCAAUCCCGCAAGUCGUGUUCGAAGCUACCGAGUAUCGUGGCCUGAUAUUCGCCAACGAGCAAUGGCAUCUCUACACCGGCCAAAAGCUGGAGGAGGCUCUCAACUUCGGUUUCGCGAAACACAUACAUCCGGAUGAUUUGGAGAAGUGCGGAGUACUUUCGCUGUACAUUGCCGAAUCCCAAGCCGGAACCGCUUUUCCGGAUUUCGGCGAAUCAUCAACCGACCUGGCGAAAACGAGUACCGCUCCACUGGAGAGACCUCUCGUUCAUGGCGUUACCCCCGCACUGGAUGAGCUUGUGAGGCGCGGAGUCGCCUCCGUGCAGAAGGACGAGAAUGGACGGGUGUUUUACUCGACGGAGAUUCGCCUUCGCUCCAAGGGUGGGGACUUCCGGUGGCAUCUUGUCCGCUUAAUUCGCGUGGAAACCAGCAGUUUUGGCAGCGGAGAGGCCUCGUGGUAUGGUACCUGCACGGACAUAAACGACCGCAAGAACCUCGAACGAGAACUUAACAAGGCCAUGCAACAAUUGAACAACCAGAUGGAGUCGAAGACCAAGUUUUUCAGCAACAUGUCUCAUGAAAUCCGAACGCCGUUGAAUGGAAUACUUGGCACAAUCCCAUUCAUCCUCGAUACCCACCUGGAUACUGAUCAGAGGCGGAUGCUUGACACGAUUCAAAACAGUUCCACCAAUUUGCGAGAAUUGGUCGAUAAUAUCCUUGAUGUGUCGAGAGUCGAAGCUGGAAAGAUGAACCUGGUAAACUCUUGGUUCCAUGUGCGGUCAGUUAUCGAAGACGUAAUCGACACUGUCUCAUCUAGGGCUAUCGACAAGGGUCUCGAAAUCAACUAUCUCAUGGAUGUCGAUGUCCCUCCGAUGGUUGUUGGGGACAGGUUCCGAAUUCGUCAGGUUCUCAUCAACCUCGUUGGUAAUGCGGUCAAGUUCACUGCGCAAGGGGAAAUCCACAUUUGCUGCUCAAUGCACCGUGACCCAUCUGCAAUUGUUAAGGAGACCGAGUUGCUGUUGAACUUUGAUGUCGUUGAUACCGGGAAAGGAUUCAGCGCCAGAGACGCCGAACGUUUGAUGCAACGGUUCAGCCAACUUGGCCAGAAUGGCUCUCAGCAACAUGCCGGCAGUGGGUUAGGGCUGUUUUUGUCUAAGCAGCUUGUUGAAAUGCAUGGCGGUAGAUUGACCCCUAGCAGCAAAGAAGGUCAAGGGGCCAAGUUCUCUUUCUAUGUUAAGGUCGAUGCGCCCCCUCCGCUAACUGCCGAGGAGCCUCGAUCUGCGCGUAUUACACCUGAGACUCCUGCGAUGCAGACGAAACCAGCCCCCCCUCCAAAACUCGCGUCUUCCCACACCACCUCUAUCGGCUCCAAAGGUUCAGAUGUGUCCGAACUUUCAUCUGCUCUUGAAACGUCUAAAUCUCAGCCGCCUCCUCCCUCACGCCUUGCAUCGAACCUCCCUCAAUCGCCCUCUGUUUCCUCUACUAAUCCCACUACUGGACCCCAAGCAGUGGGCUCAACAUCGCACGCGGCAGAGUCCAUUUCCGUGGGGACGGGGACUUCGCAUAACGUACAGUUGUCUUCUCAGCAACCGGCUUCGGUCAAAACAGAACCUAGCACCUCGAAAUCUCAAACCCCCUACUCUAUCCUCAUCCUUUGUCCGUUGGAUAAUACGCGCAAAGCUAUCAAGCAGCACAUUGAGCAAGUUGUACCACACGAGGUCCCAUUUUCGAUAACAACAAUGCCCGAUGUAGAGGAUUGGAGGGAUUCAAUGAAUGAUCGAGGCGGCUUCAAACCCACCCAUCUGGUUCUCAAUUUGCCGAGUGUUGACGAUGUCGCCGAGAUGAUCCAAAAUGUGUCCGAUUGCGACCCUGCUACUGCCCCGUCUCUCGUUAUCAUUUCCGACCUCUACCAAAAACGACUGAUCAAUACCAAGAUCAAGGAGCUGUCGUCAAGCGGAAAGCGUGUAUACACUGUGCCGAAGCCCGUCAAGCCGUCCGCUUUUUCGGCGAUCUUCGACCCCAACAACCGACGCGACCUGAGCAAGGACAGAAACCAGGACAUGGCCCGAGAAAUCAAUAAUAAUUUCAAAACUAUGUCGAAGAUGGUGAAAGAAGUUAUCGGGAACAAAGGAUAUCGCGUUCUACUCGUCGAGGAUGACGAGACCAAUCGCAUGGUCAUGAUGAAAUAUCUUGAUAAAAUCAAGGUGAUGGCCGAAACUUCCGCCAAUGGACAGGAGUGUACCGAGAUGGUGUUUUCCAAGGAACCGGGAUACUAUUCUCUCAUCAUCUGCGAUAUUCAAAUGCCGAUUAAGAACGGCUAUGACACCUGCCGUGAUGUUCGUGCCUGGGAGUUGAAGAACCACUACCCCCAAAUCCCGAUCAUGGCCCUGUCGGCCAAUGCGAUGACAGAUCAGAUUGAGGAUGCAGCGCGUGCAGGUUUCAACGACUACGUCACCAAGCCCAUCAAACACAACGAAUUGGGAAAGAUGAUGAUUGGUUUGCUCGACCCCAACCGACCUCUGCUCCUACUCCGAGAUCGCCUCAGACCCGACAGUGAGGACAGUCACCGGGAAGAGUAGAGUAGAGCAGACAGGACGACACCCGCCUAUCGGAAGAGCACGCACUUGUAUGCAACAUGACGACUUCAGGCAUCUGCCUGCCACGCGCUCCCCAAGUCGCUGGUCGCGUGAAUAUCUGCAAAUAAAUCCCUGUGA